UGUGUGUGUGUGAAAAUCUCACAGGUGUCGGAGUCAGAAGUCCAGCGCUGUUGCUGUAUCAUUAUUUCUCUCGACAAAACGAACGAUAAAAGCGGAAGUUUACUUCACGCGUUCAGUCAAGUCCUUUGGAAUAAAGGUCAGAAGAGAUUGCAACUUACUUAAGUUAACUUAACGUUACCUAAUUUGUCUGGUUAGAGCUUCUAAAAAACGACAUUGUGUUGGAAUAAAUAUUGGAGUCUUCGUCUGCUGAAGAUGCAUAUGUUCCUCAUUCACCGCUAAUUUGCUCCGGAACUCAGCAAAUGUAAGGACCGACAACACAGUACGAUUUUUUUUAUCGUAAAUAUCUUCAUUGACAUUGAAGUGAGGUUCUGUUUCUGUGGAAUUUCCCCAGUCCCAUCAGAGCAUCUACAGGGCACUUCCAUAUGUCCCUAAAUAAAUAAAUAAAUAAUAAUAAUAAUCCAAAGAAUCAAUACAUUGUAGUUCAUCAGGUUUUAGUGCAAAGUGUUGGACAAAUUUAUUUGUGAAAGGAGCAUUUGAGUGCAUCAAUUUGUUUUGACACAUCUGUCCGUUGUUUAGCUGGACACCGAAUUUUGUUUAGCAGCAUACAUUUCUGUUUACAUUUAGACCGUUAUGAACUGGUUGAGUUGUUCAAUUGCACAUGUUUUGUGGAUGAAAACUUGAAGUAGAAAAAAACAAAAACGGGUUGUCAUUUGUGCAAAACAGAAACUCAACGCAUCUUCUGUGUAUUGGAGAAUUCAUGAUAGAUCUAAUGUUUAACAACAAGAAAACGCAUCAGAAGAUCAGUACUGUUAUUAGCCAAGAAAUGACAACACUUUAAACAAUCUGUGUUGCAUUGUGUUCCAAGUGUCCAAAUUUUAAAGGUGGCCAAGAACCACCUUGUGUUCCUGUUAUCAUUUUUUAUUCUUUCCUGUGCCACACCUUUCCACCGCAGCCGCCAUUGUUCCUUUUCAUUCUUGUUGAACUUCUUUUCGCUCUUCACUCUGUCCUAACCACAGGUCCCAUUGCACCCUCUCCUUUCUGUAUGCUCCACGUUCUUCUUGGUUUCCUUGUCUCAUCCAUAAAUUCAUCUCGUAUCCUUCCCCCCACUGGCCUCAUUCCUCUGUAGAUAUCUCUGGUGUGUCUGUUCUUUUGUACCCAAACACAUAUUUGCUUUCACACUUUAGCGAGUUUUUCUCAAACUCUGUUCACACUGGCGGGCACCAUUCCACCCAAAGGAGAGGAGGACUUUCUAACGCUUGCUGCCUCUCGGCUCAGCCGUCGCAAGCGUGUCAUAGGAGCGGGUGUGGGUGUGGCCAUGGUUCUGAUCCUCCUGGUCACCAUCCCUUUACUGGUCCACAGCACAAAAGGAGGAGGAGCCGGCACCUCUGGAAGCCAUUAUGAAAUGCUAGGAAGUUGUCGGAUGGUUUGUGACCCCUACACAACAUCUCAGGGCCAGGAGCUAACCGCUGUUUCACCUGCACCUCCUGAUUUUCCAAACCGGAGAGGGAAAUCUGGGUAUCGGGGACCUCCUGGUCCACCUGGUCCACAAGGACCACCAGGAGAGCCUGGGAAGCCAGGUCCACAAGGACCCCCAGGUCCUGGGCCUGGCGGUUACGUGCCGUCCUUCUACAGUCCUAAAAUUGCCUUUUACGCAGGGCUGCGCAAGCAACAUGAAGGCACUGAUGUGCUCAAGUUUGAUGAUGUGGUGACCAAUGUGGGCAACUACUAUGAGCCAAGCACUGGAAAAUUCACAUGCCCUCUACCUGGUAUCUACUUCUUCACAUAUCAUGUCCUGAUGAGAGGAGGAGAUGGGACCAGUAUGUGGGCAGACCUCAAGAAGAACGGACAGGUGAGGGCCAGCGCUAUCGCCCAGGACGCUGACCAGAAUUACGACUACGCCUCCAACAGUGUGAUCCUGCAUUUAGACGUGGGAGACGAGGUCUGUGUGCAGCUGGACGGAGGCAAAGUCCACGGAGGAAACACCAACAAGUACAGCACGUUCUCCGGCUUCCUCAUCUACGCCGACUGAUGCUGCUCUGAUGAACUGUGAACGAACAAACACACACGUUCAUACAGUUACACACACACCCAACAGGCUUGAAGGAAGCGGACAUGGUUUAUACCGAGCAGAAGGGCUUUACAGACACGAUGGCAACCAAUUCCUUUUGGAUUUCCGACAUGCUGUUACUCCCAGAUAUAAAUUGAGGCAAGACACUGCAGGUUGAAUAGAGUAGGAAAAUGAACAGUUAUCAUCAUACAGUACUUUCCAAAUUGACUGAUUGCAUAAGAAAUUGCAUUACGUAGUUUUCUGAAUUAAGCUCGUUUAAAUAUGUAAAUAAAAAUGCAAAUAUCUGUGUUCAUUUGGAUACAUUUCUAGCAAAAAAAAAAAAAUCUGAACAUUGGUCAAAAUCAGGUUUAAAAUUUGCAGUUCUUUUUUUUUUUUGACAGAUCACAGCAAACAUUUUUGUAUUUAAAAGAAGAUGUCUAAAAAAUAUGAGCUUUAAAAAUAUAUAUUGUAACUGAAAUCUACAGAGGAAAGUACUUCCAACUGAAACUGAAUAUUGAGUAGGGGGCGGUGCUUUCUUUUUGUGCUUCCCUUAUAACAAACUAGUGGUAAAAGGGGCGUGGUUAGGAAUAUAGUAGCUGAAGCCGUCCACACAGAAGCAAAUGGUCAGACUUUGAUUGAAGAUUACCAAAACAAAUUCAGCAGAUCAUCUUGCAUUGAAUAAUUGUUUACCUAAAUAAUAACAAUGUGCGCUAUCAAAGUAAACAUUGUAAAUUUUGAUUUCACACAGACUUUAGAAGUGUUUUAUUUCUCAUUUGACAACGAAAAGCCCAAAAGCCCAAAAUCUCAAUAUUGAAAGGUGCCUAUAGUGUUUUUUCCUGCAGUCUCUUGCCUUAAAAAGCAUAUAAAUAUGUCUAUAUUUAUCCUGAACAGCGACGCGCUCAUUUUUUCAUGUGUGUACUUGUUAGUGUAUUUGUCUCCAUUUUGUGUGUCGGUCAAAUCCAGUCGCUCUCUGUAGUCAACAUGCUUUAUGGUGAACUGAGCUGCAUUUACACAUGGCUGGACUUGAUGCAAAAUCAGCACUCAUUAGAUGCAGUCGUGGUGCAAUAUAGGCACGUAUAUAUGCGCACGCACACGGCUAGUGAUUAAUCCAGGUCCUCUUGUUCAAUUCAUUUAACUUCAAGUGACUGUUUUGGUUGUCUGUGUGGGAUUGGAAAUAUAGUCGGAGUAUGUGAAAACACACACAAUGACUUUCCAAUCAGAUGGAUUUCCAAUCACUCGAAAGAAUCUGAAGUGGAGCAGAAUGCUAAUGUAUUGGUUUACAUUGAUAAGGCUCUUGAUUUCAGAUUAAAUCCAUUACAUUGUG